UCGAGGCCGCCCUGACUCAGUCAGUGUCAUCCUCCGACUCAGUAUCCCCUCCAUUGAAGCAAUCGGAGCAGAAGCGCAAUCCGAUCCCAUUGCCGUCCGUUUCCAUGGUCGAUCGUGCUCCGGUCAAUGCCUGAACAUGGAGUCAGCGAUGGUGGCGACAUCACUGCCCCUGCCCCCAGCCUCCGACCUCGCGGCCUUGGCGGUGUCUUUCCUCAACGAGCGGUUCCAGUCGAAAGAGGAUCUGUCGCGGACGGCAAGCUUGGUCUCCGAGCUGGAUACUCAGUGCGUUGACUUGGAUCGGCAGCUGAUUGAGCUGAAUUCACGGCUCGGAGCGAGCCUCGUAGCUUACUCUUCCUUCUCCGAUGGAAUUCACGGUCGAAUCGGGGCCAUCAUUGCCAAAUUGGAUGAGCUCGGAUCAUUAACCGGCGAUUCUGACCCAAAAUCAGAUGGUCGAGGGAAGAAGAUACUGGGAGAAGAACUGCCUGCAUUGGCAAAGGAGGUAGCGAGGGUGGAGACUGUCCGAGCAUACGCAGAAACAACACUAAAACUUGACAGCUUGAUUGGUGAUGUUGAGGAAGCUGUGUCUUCGACCUUCAGUAAAACCUUAAGAAAGCAGUCUUCGGCACAAGCAUCUGAAGCUUUAAAUUUAUUGCAGGAAGCAGGCAGACAAGCAAUUCAAACACUUGGAAAAAUAGAAGAUGCAGUGACUGAAGUUACAAAAGCACGCCCUCAGUGGACACAUCUUGUGUCUGCAGUUGAUCACAGAGUAGAUCGGGCACUAGCCAUCUUAAGACCCCAGGCAAUUGCAGAUCACCGGGCCCUUCUUUCUUCACUCGGGUGGCCUCCACCUCUUUCUGCGUUGAGUUCUUCAGGUCCGGAUGCAUCAAAACCCUCUUCAGCCCCAAACCCUCUCUUUACAAUGCAAGGGGAUCUCAAGCUACAAUAUUGUGAAAACUUCCUAUCCUUGUGCCGCCUUCAGAAGUUGCAGAGUAGAAGAAAAUCUCGGCAACUUGAGGGGGAAUAUCGGGAGAUUGCUCUACGACAACCUCUUUGGGCAAUAGAGGAGCUUGUGAAUCCCAUCUCCCUAGCUUCCGAACGGCACUUUUCAAAGUGGACUGAUAGACCAGAAUUUAUUUUUGCUCUUGUUUAUAAGAUUACGAGGGACUAUGUGGACUCACUGGUUGAGUUGUUGCAACCACUGGUUGAUGAAGCAAAUCUAGUAGGCUACAGCUGCAGAGAAGAAUGGAUUGGCUCUAUGAUCUCUUCUUUAUGUACGUACUUGGCGAAAGAGAUAUUCCCGAUUUAUGUCAGCCAACUAGAAGAAGAGAGCAUAUCCGGGGUUAAAUCACAGGCAAGAACAUUGUGGCUCCAUCUUGUUGACUUGAUGAUGUCAUUUGACAAACGAAUUAAAUCCCUCGUGGCGAAUUCUGGAAUCUCUUUCUCACUCAUUGAAGAAAGGAACCUGCAGAAGCUUUCCUCCUUGUCUGUCUUCUGUGAUCGGCCCGACUGGCUCGAAUUAUGGGCAGGUAUAGAGCUUAAUGACACUCUUGAUAAAUUAAAGACCGAGACAGAGGGUGAGAGAAUCUGGACAAAGAAAGUACAGGGAGCUGUUCUUAUGUCUGGCUCUGAAGAUUAUCGAUCUCCUGCUAUUUCAGAUUGCUACCUUCGAAGCCUAUCAUCAGUCAUAGAUCGCUGUCGAUCCUUGCCUCUUGUUUCUUUUAGGUCAAAGUUUCUCAGAUUAGUCGGUGCUCCUACAAUACAGAAAUUUUUAGAUUGCCUUCUUCUCAGGUGCCAAGAAGCUGAGGGGUUGACUGCUUUAACAGAUGGUGCUGCCCUUAUCAAAGUCGCAAACUGUGUCAAUGCUUCCCGAUACUUCGAAUCUGUUCUCAAAGAAUGGUGCGAGGAUAUUUUCUUUAUCGAGAUGGGAUCAGAACAGAGCGAUGAGCCUGGAGGUUCAUUUCUUGAAGAACCGGGACGUGGUAUUCUUGAUCAGGAGAUCAAGAAGGUGGAGGAAUUCAGAACAGGUUGGACUGAGAAGAUAUCGGUUGUUGUCCUAAGAGGAUUCGAUGCUUUGGCACGAGAUUACAUGAAAAACAGGAGGCAGUGGCAGGAAAAGGGCGAAGAAGGUUGGUCUGUGUCAAAAUCUUUCGUUGGGGCACUUGAUCAUUUGCAAGUUAAAAUGUCAAUCAUACAGGAAAGUUUGAACAGAAUAGAUUUUGUCUGCGUUUGGAGAAAUUUAGCGGAUGGGAUGGAUAGAACGCUCUUUGUUGGUGUUUUGUUGGGCAACAUGAAGUUUCACAAUAGCGGUGUCAAGAGGUUCAGCCAUGACAUGGAGGUCUUGUUCGGGGUCUUCGGUUCUUGGUGCUUGAGGCCCGAAGGGUUUUUCCCAAAGAUAUCAGAAGGACUGAAGUUGCUUAGAAUGGACGAAAAGCAGCUUAAAGAUAGUUUGGCAGGAGGCAGGGAGGCCUUGAAAGAGCAUGGUAUUCGGCAGCUGAGUGUUGCUGAGGCUGAAAAGAUCGCCAAAAAUCGAGUAUUCGCGAGCUGAAGGAUCGGAAAAACUGUCAGUCUCUCUCUUUUCAUUCUCACCUUCAAAUAGCAUUCAAAGAGAGUGCUGAAAUGACGCCUUUGUACCUUCUAGACCAGUGUAUUUUUUUGCGAGAGAGUUCAAUAAAAUUUGAGAUUAGGUCGAUUUAUUCUUACAACUAUACAGCGAGCACGACUUUUACGAAUACAUAUGUAGUAUGUAACUCAAUUUUUAGCAAGAGAUUAAACUAUUUAGUGAGGUGAUUUUGUGUACCGUAGA